AGAAACAUUAUAUUUAUAUAAUAAUAAAAUUACAAUAUUAUCCGAUACAAUAUCUGGUUUAACUCGUUUAAAACAUUUAGAUUUAAAUUUUAAUCCUCUAUCAUCAUUUAGUCCAAAUAUUCGACAUCUACCACAAUUACAAGGUUUAGAACUGCGUGGAUGUAAUUUAAAAACUGUACCAAAUUUUAUUACUCAACUCUAUUCGUUGACUACUUUAGAUUUAAGUGGAAAUUUAUUAUCAUCAUUACCAUUAUCAUUUAUUCAUUUACAAAAAUUACAUUGGUUACAUUUAGGUUCAAAUAAAUUUCAACAAAUACCAAGAGAAUUAUUAUUGUUAUACAAAUUAGAACAUUUAUUUAUACCUUAUAAUUUUAUAACAACACUCUCGGGUAUUGGUAUAAUAAAAACAUUGAAAUCAUUAGAUCUAACAUCAAAUUAUUUAUGUACUUUACCAGUAGAAAUAGAAAAUUUAUCUAUACUAAAUGAACUUAGUUUAAGCGAUAAUUAUUUAUCCUCUUUACCUUAUGAAUUGUUAACAAAUAUGCAAUAUAUAAAUGAUUUAUAUUUGUACAAUAAUCGAUUUUCAAAUGAAGAACAAACAAAAAUCAAAUAUCUAAUGAACAAUACUAGCGUAUAUAUCUAA